GCGCAGCUCGGCCCCGCGCUCCCCGACCCCGCCGGGCCAUGGGGGCUGUCCCCGGCGCGGGGUGGGGGGGGGGCUGGCCCGGGCCGGGCUGCUCGGCGGCGGCCGGGUCCGUCCAGGGCAGCACGUGUGGAGCGGGGCCGAGCGGAGGCGGCCCUGGGAUUUGGCACGUUUGCAAGGAGCACUCGAGAGCCCCGGGAUGGACGUGGAGGGCCCUGGGCAGUGACGUAAGGACUCGCACGGGCUCGGCUCGGCUCGCCAGCCGGCCCCCAUGUCCCCGGGGCCUGCGGCGGCCCCGGCGGAGGGAGGCAGGGACGCGGCGGAGCCAGCAUGGAGCAGCGAGCAGAGCCACCAGAGCAGAGAUCUGCAGGACCCACCACACACCCACAGCCCAAGGAGGGGACACUGUGGGGGCUCCUCACCAUCCUCUCACUGCUGGCUGGGCUGGCUGCAGGCACCCUGCGAACCCCACACUGCAAUGAGACGCUGGACGCAGCCCCAACGCCACGGAGCAUGGCCACUGCCAGCCCGGCUGUGGAGGAUGCCGUGGAGGUACCGCUUGCUGUGGCCUGGAGCCAGCUGUAUGGGGACAACGCAACAACAGGUGGCCCAGGUGCUGCGGAGCUAGCAGAGGACCUGCUGCUGCGUGCCGAGCGCUCGCCACCAGGCACCGGCAAAGCCAAGAAGGGGGCGCGGAAACCUUCCCGGGGGGCCCGCGGGCGCAACUGCCACAUCCGCAACCUGAUGGUGAAGGUGCGAGACCUGGGCCUGGGCUUCAACUCGGACGAGAUCGUGCUCUUCAAGUACUGCAGCGGGUCCUGCCACCGGGCGCGCAGCAACUACGACCUGACGCUGGGCAGCCUGCUGCGGCAGCAGCUCAUCACCCCGGGGCCGCAGGAGCGGGUCCUCAGCCACCCCUGCUGCCGGCCCACUCGCUACGAGGCCGUCUCCUUCAUGGACGUGCAGAACACAUGGCAGACAGUGGAGAAGCUCUCGGCGGCCGAGUGCAGCUGCAUUGGCUGAGGAGGGGGCAUCCAGCUCGGCUCCGGCUCGACGCAGGCUGGCAGAGCCCGUCUUGCCGCACGCAGCGGCGCUGGCGCUCAGAGGAAGGGGGUAGCAGAGGCCGGUGCCCCCGUUUUUACGUGGCCACGAGGAACCGAGGGGAGAUGGAGCCAUGACAGGGGGUGGCUGGCUGCUCAGUGCCAAGCAGCUGGUGCCACUGGCUACGUGGGAUCCUGCCCCAGUGCGCCCUGGCUCAGCCGUGGGAGAGGAGCUGGAGCAUCCCUGCAGCUUACAGGGGUCUGCCAGCCCAGCGUCCACUAGCAGCACCCAGCUUGCCUGUGCCCUUCCUGGACUGGUGCUCCUGCACCCCUACUUUAGAGCAUCUGGGGACAGGCAUCACCCAAGCUUCAGAGUGGGACAGAAAGGCAACAAAACCUCCCUGUCCCCUCGGGCACCCUGGGGGUGGCGGCGGCUGGAGCUGCC